AUGACGGGCUCUAACAGUACAACCCUCUCGCGCAUCUCCGAAAGUCAGGGGCCGACAGAAUAUUUCUGCUCAAGAAAACAAGGUGACACUUGGAUUUUAACGGACACGAUAACAUUCACGGCUUCCAUCGUAACCUCCGCUGUUGCCUGCCCACUUACAGUUCUCCUGAACAUUUUAGUGAUCUUUGCAGUGAAGACAAGGAAAGAGCUGCAGAAAAACUCGAAUAUUUUGUUGGUCAGUCUAGCUGUGUCAGAUUUGCUUGUAGGCGCCAUUUCCAUGCCCCUGUCAAUCACUCGAGAUGCGUUCCUUCUCAAGAGGAAGUUUGGUGUAACCGGCGUAUCUAUUUGCCGUAUAGCGCUGGCAAAUGACCUGGUGUUGUGUACUUCUGCUUGUUGUUCUCUGUACCAUAUGACUGGAAUUGCUUGGGAGAGGCAAAGGGCGGUGCGAAAGUGGUGGAAUUACAAACUGAUUGUCACCAAAAAACGUGUUGUUUGCUGCGUGGUAAUCUCGUGGCUGCUGUCCUUUCUGAAAACUGUUCUCGCGCGUGGAUUAAUAAGGGCAGGUGUGAACUGCAGGUAUGUUAAAAUCGUGCAAUUUAUCGUCUCCUUAAACGUUCCGUUCGGCUUAGCACUGAUUGGGUAUUUUUAUCUCAUGGCUAACAUCGCUGUACGCAGACGAAAACUAAAUAACAUGCGUGGAAUAGCUGCACAAGCCAGACAAAGGAUGGAGAGAAACAUUGCCAAAACCACAGCCAUACUAACAUUCGCCUUAUUAAUCUCUUACCUUCCAUCUGUGGUCGUCGUUUUCGCAAGCACUAAAAUGCCCAUCCUUCGGGAAAUUUCAGUUUUCCGUUGGACCGAGUUACUGACCCAGCUUAAUUCUCUGGCUAAUCCACUCCUCUACUGCCUUAUACUCAACCGGCAUUUCAAAAUCGAAGUUGUGAAGACGCUGAAGGGAGAGUACGAAGACCUUAGACAGCUUCAGCUUUCCUUUAGAAGGAGUAGUCGUAGCAGGCGUCCUGAAGUUUUACACGAUUUUCAAGAUUUUAAAGGAGAAAAAAUACAAGAAGACCACCCGGAAAAGUUUGAAUCCUGCGAUGCUUUCUCAGCUAAUUAUACAAGUUGCCAAGAACCUCGGAUAAUCAUGAAGGAGGUAUAUGCAAACUCCUCUGACUCCGCGUCCUCUGAUGCAAUAAAGCUCGUCAUUUGUGUUGAUAUUCACCAGCCUAAGCCUAUCAGAUGGAAAUUGCCAAAGGGAGCUGCUGCGAAAUAUGAUCAAUCUCAGUGUUCCUUGAAGGACACCUGCAGCGUGCUUUGCGAUGGAAAAACUAUUCGUUUGAUGUCGAAGAAGAGAAAUCAGGAAGACGUGCAAGGUCCCGAACAGGAAUAUCGCACCAAGCGAAGUAACGAGAGUGAAGAUACAAAUGAUUUCAAGGAACUAUCAGAAGGAACAGAGGACUACCGGGGAAAGACCAGCGCCAGUGGUGUUUUUAUGAUACACGAUGAUGAUAGCCCCCACGAACCGAUAUUUUGUCCCUUAUUUUCUACAACAGAGGCUUAUCAAGGGUGGGAAAAUAAC